AUGGGCUCCGUUAGCAACCUCCCGACCUUAAAUCCCGUCUCAAAGCUCCCGCCUUCCUCGCCAUGGACGCCUUCCACACUCCGAUCCCGCUUCGUUUCCGCCCUCUCGGACAUGUACCGCACCGAGGUUCCUCUCUACGGUAACCUCGUCGCGAUUGUCGGCGAGGUCGAUGCUAAGGUUCUCGCUGCUCGCGGAGAAGAACCCUCUUCUCUGCCCGUCCGAAACUCGGUUGAACGUCACGGCGCCAUUCGACUCGGUACGGCAUGUGAAAUGCGCCUCAUCUUGCGGCUAUUUGCGUUGCUGGGAAUGCACCCCGUGGGGUACUACGACCUUUCUGUCGUCGGGUUUCCCUUGCAUGGUACAGCUUUCCGGCCAGUGAGCGAGGAUGAGCUCCGCAAGAAUCCCUUCCGCGUGUUCACCACCGUCCUUCGUCCAGGCCUAAUCGCCUCCACGACAGUUCGAAAGCUCGCAGAGAACAUUCUCGCCGAGCGUCAACUAUUCUCGCCCGCUCUCUGUUCCUUGCUAGACAAAGCCGACAACCCCGAGGGUGUACUCUCCCUCACCGCUUCCGACGCCGACACUCUCAUUGCUGAAUCGCUCAAAAUCUUCAAAUGGCACUCUCGCUCAACUGUGCCCUUGCGGACCUACCGCAGGCUCAUGAGAGAGCAUCCGAUGGUGGCGGAUGUUGUCUGCUUUCCCAGCGCACAUAUCAACCAUCUCACGCCACGCACUCUUGACAUCGACGCUGUGCAGGCCGAGAUGGUCAAUCAGGGACUACCGGCCAAGGAAAGCAUCGAGGGGCCACCCGCAGGGCGCAAGUGCGAGAUACUGCUCAGGCAAACAAGCUUCAAGGCCUUGGAAGAAAAGGUUGCGUUCGUUGGCGGCGACGACGCUGGAGAGUACAGCAGUGGGACCGAGUCGAACGGGGGUACGACUCGGAAGACGGUAGACGGGACCCAUACCGCGAGGUUCGGGGAAGUGGAGCAGCGGGGAGCGGCUGUGACCAGGAAGGGAAGGGAGCUGUACGAUCAGUUGCUUGCAGAGGCGACUGCGCAGCUGGAGAGAUGGAAGCAGGAAGGGAAGAAGAAGGAGCUCAACGAGGCACUGGCUACGACGUUCAGGGCCUAUCCCGACGACUGGGACCAGCUGAGGACGCAAGGGCUUGUGUACUUCCGGUACAAAGUUGCCAAGGAGUCGGCCUCCAAGUCCGGCGCUGUUCAGGAGGGGCUCGCUGCUGGGCAGCUCGUCGAUAUGGAAGCCCUCCUACGCGCCGGUGCCGUCGUUUGCGAACCAAUCACGUACGAAGACUUCCUUCCACUUUCUGCCGCUGGCAUUUUCACAUCGAAUCUCAGCCUUGGUGGGCCUAACGAGGCGACCGAGAGGAAGUUGGAGAAGAUGGAGGAGCAGAGCAACGCUAGCCGUGCCGAACUGGAGCAGUUGCUCGGAUGUGUCAUCCCGAGUGAGAUUGACCUGUACGAUGAGUUGCAAGCCGCCAGUGUGAAAGCGUGUGAGGAGGCACUGGGUUUGAGCAAGAUCGUGCUGGCUGCUUGA